AUGUUUUUUUCGUCAGCUAGUGGAGUUUCAGAACAUUUGUUCGAGUUAAAGUUCGCAGCCAAGCAACUGGAGAAGAGCGCACAACGAUGCGAGAAGCAGGAGAAAGUCGAAAAAGAUAAACUCACUGCUGCAAUUAAAAAACGAGUGACAAGUAGUAUGAGUGGAGUUGUCAAAGCUAUGGAGAGUGCUAUGAAGACGAUGAAUCUUGAAAAAGUUCAGCAACUUAUGGAUCGUUUCGAGCGCGAUUUUGAGAAUCUCGAUGUGCAUACUGCAACAAUGGAGCGCACUAUGGAUGGUACAACCGUCCUAAAUGCACCUAAGUCUCAAGUUGAUGCUCUUAUAGCUGAGGCAGCUGACAAAGCGGGGUAA